UCCUGAAGCGCGCAGAAAAGACGUCGCGCGUGCGCAGGCGCUCGGCGCAGAGGCUUGCCGGAAGUUAAGAUGGCGCGUAUGUGUCGGCCAGGCCGCAGUUGGCGCUUUAUCAGUAUCUAAACCGUGUGUUUUGUAAGGGGCUGUGGCGAACGCCCUCUCCAACGCCAUGGCCCGGCAUCGGAAUGUCCGAGGCUAUAACUACGAUGAAGAUUUUGAAGAUGAUGAUCUCUAUGGCCAGUCUGUGGAGGAUGAUUACUGUAUUUCACCAUCAACAGCUGCUCAGUUUAUUUACUCGCGGCGCGACAAACCUUCACUUGUUGAGCCUGUAGAAGAAUACGAUUAUGAAGAUCUGAAAGAGUCCUCCAGUUCUCUUUUGAACCAUCAGCUGAGUGGAAUUGAUCAAGCUCGUCUUUAUUCAUGCCUUGAUCACAUGAGAGAGGUACUUGGAGAUGCUGUGCCAGAUGACACUUUGAUUGAAGCAGUUCUGAAGAACAAGUUUGAUGUGCAGAAGGCUUUGGCAGUGGUUCUGGAACAAGAUAAAAUGCAGAAUUGGAAGGUCAAGAGUGAGAGAGCAAUAUCUACAGGGAAGAUAGCAAAAGGAGUCUUAUUAUCUUCCUCUGAAGUUUCAGCUGAUAAUGUUCAAAGCUCUGGUCCUCAAUCCGCAAACCAUUUGGAUCAUAGUAGCAAACCCUUUGAUUUUUCUGGCCCAGUAGCAAAAUCUGGAUUAUAUCCUAAUUCCUCAGUUGUACCAAGUCACUAUUUACUCCAUAAAAAAAAGAAACUUGGCAGACCUAAAAGUGAAAAGAAACUAGAAUCAUGUAAGUUAACAAAAGAGCUGUCACUAGCUGACCUAAUUGCUGAUAUGCCAAGAGAUUCUUGUAAAAGUCAGCCAUCAGUCAGAUUAUCAACCACAGAUAGUCUGGCAAGUCUGUUUUCAAAGAAUCUAGGUGCUGAUGUGUUAAGACCUCAUGAAUCUGAAUGUGUUUCCAAAGAUGAUUCUUCAUUCAAAGAAAUACCAGAUUUAAAAUCCUUAAUGAUAAAGAACAUAACACCUAAUAACUCUUUAUGUACUCAAAAUAAUUUACUACCUGAUUUACAAAACAUUCCAGUACAAAACAGCAUAGGAAAUUUAAAUAAUCCUUCGGUCUUAACUAGCUCAUUGGAAAAUAGGGCUCAUGAUAAUUUAAAUGCUAGUGAAAUGACUGAAGUUGGAAAUGUUUCUUCAGUUGAACAAAGUGCCAAGAAUUACAUUUUAAAAAAUGACAAUUUGCAGUUUUCCCAGUGUGAAAGUCCAUCCCUAGCUGAGCAGUUUCAGGAACACAAAGAAAACAAUCCGAGCCAGUGCUUUACUUUAUCUGAUCUUUGUAACCAGUCAUCUGCCAGUUUCACAGAUCUAAGUUUGGGAUCCUUUCCCCUGUCACAGCUAGCAAAUCGGUGUCCAUCUUCUACUGGAGUAUCAGAAUUAACAGGAUCUCUGUCAUCUUUGGCAUUUUGUAAAGCCUCUCCUACAAGAGACCUUGAGAAUUUGUCACUUUCUGAUUUGAUUGCAGAAACAAUUGAUAUAGACAACUCUCAGAUUAAGAAGGAUUCUUUUAAGCUCAGUUUAUCUGAAAUGAAGUCACCUGGAAUAGAUUCAAAGAUUGAUCUUAGUGUCCUUAUAAAAACCCCUGAUUUUGUUCCAAAACACAUGGUAGACACAUCAGUUGCUCCAACAUCAGGAACAAAAGUUUUAAGUUCAAAGUUAGGGAAAAGUUUCAAUUCUGCUAAGGAUAAUAAGAAAACCAAUAAAGGCUCUUUGACUAGGAAACCACCUUUUUCUCUCUCUUGGACCAAGGCCCUUGCUGCUAGACCUUCAGCUUUUGCUUCAACACUGUGUCUUCGUUACCCACUGAAAAGCUGCAAGCGACGCACCCUUGACCUGUAUAAGACUUUUCUUUAUAGUAGACAAGUUCAAGACAUAAAGGACAAAGAAAUAAGUCCUCUUAUAGCAAUAACACCAUUUGACUUCAAAUCAGCAUCUCCUGAUGACAUUGUAAAAGCUAAUCAAAAGAAAGCUUUCACUAGAGAAUAGUGACAAAAGGAAAACUUGAUAAUUGUAGAGCUUUUGUUUUCAAUUAAUUUAAAGUCUGUAGAAUUAUAUUAUGGGAUUCAGGUUGUGAUUUUUAUAUUAAAAUUGUCUUAAGUCAGUUGAUAGCUUUAGUUGAUAUGUAUUUUUGCACUGAAAAAAAAUUUUUUUUUUACUAUAUCUUCUUUUAGUGAUAACUGGCUUUAUUUAAGUUGAUAGCCUAAAAAUGGGUGUAUGUUUACAAAGUGCAUAUGGAAACUUGAUAUUGUGAAAUCAAACCUCUCAGAUAUUUUUGUUUGAAGUAUUCAACUUUAUAAGUUUUUACAGUGAGAUGUUUUCUUUUAUAAAGUAUUUUUGUGCUUCGUUCUUAAGCAAAAAUGCCACUUGGAAUUAUUAUAGUUUAGUGAUAAAGAUUUUUCUUAUGAUACGUGGCAUAGCAUAGGUGAGACGUAAUUAUAUUUUAAAAUAUUAGUAAUAUCAUUCCCAUUCAUUAUUUUUCUGUAGGUGAAUACUUAAAAUUUUUCUAUUAGAAAAUUUUAAAAUUCCUGACUUUUAAGAAUACUGUGGAGGUUGUUGAAAUACAUUUUUGAUGAUAAUAAAAUGAAAAUCCUUUAAGGGACCAUGUAUAUAUUAAAGUUGGAUUAAUACAUAAAUUAUUUUUAUACAUUUUUCAAAACCAUUUGUCCUAAGUGCACACUUUAAAAUAAAUAUAUAGAAAGUGUUUUCAAGUAUGGUUGCAUGUUGUUUGAAUAGAUAGUUUUAUCAGAUCUCUUACCUUUUUUUUUUUAAUACUGUAAGUAAAGAAAUGUGGAGUUUUCCUCUUUGAUACUGACAGCUGUGUGUACUACAGUGACAAAGUUUCAGCAAUGGUAGACGAAAUAAGAGCUCUUCUAGUUGCUAGAACAAGUAUGUAAUUCAUCCCUUAAAGCAGUAGUCCUCAGGUAACAAUCAGAAUCGCUGGGGAAAUUUUUUCAAAACACAGAAACUGUGGCUUCAUUCUAGACAUGGUGAAUCAGCCUCUGAGGGAUGGCAUUUGGGAAUGUGUUUUUUCCAAAUAGUCCCUAGGUGAUUGUGAUGUGUUACUUUUUCUUGAGAACCACUGCCUUAGGGGAAGAAAUCAGUAGUAUGAGAGGAAUUACUGAUGCUGAGAAUGACAUCUGACUAAUGUGAAUUUGUGCUUCAUAGUUUCUAGUAAUCAGGAAUACCAAGGAAAAUUACGAAUUAGGAAUUACAGUCUUUUACAUGAAUAUGCUGAUAUUGUAUUACUAAUAUUUCUUGCAGGAAAUAGUAUCUAAAAUGUUAUUUCUUAGUGAAAAUGAAAUAGCUGGCCUUUUCCCAGUAAAGAAAUAUUUUUCUCUGGCAGCUACGUCACUAUGCUUUUGAUAAUUUUUUUUUGUAUUUCUCGUUUGUUUGUUUUCAGAAUGACAUUCCAAUAUUUUUAGCUGUGUAUGAUGUUUUAUAUGCAGUGUUUUGGUGGGAAAAGCCAGAAUUACGUCUUCAUUGUUCUUGACCACUUUUUUCAUGAUGUCUUCGGGUUUUGUUUUUAAUUGCAUAUUUCAGUGCCUAUCAUACUGGUGCUUAGGAGAGCAUAUAAAUCACGUUAUGUUUUAUGGUCGAUUUUAAAGUUUGAAUUAUCUCAACUGCUGAUUUUGUUUUCCUAGUUUUAAACCUCGAUGAAACAUUUUUAGUAAUUUUGCAAAAUUAGAAUACAACUCAUCAGCUAGAUUUAUGUAUGGGCAGUCUCCCACUUAGAAUUGAAUUAUAUUCUAUGAGUCUGUUUGGAACUGACAAUAAUUCCAGUAGAUUAAGUGUUAUGCAAGUAGUCCACUUCGCACAUGAACCCACAAAUACUUAUUUAACCCAUAUUGAAAUUGAACAGUGGUACUAUUAUUUUACCUUCUUUUAUAACAGAUUUUCAAGUGGAAAUACAAUACUUUUAAGCCAUGUAGUAAAUCUUACAGAGUGAACUAGGUCUCCUUUUGUUGACUGAUUAGGAUUGUAAAUACCAUUUAUAAGAUUAUUUAUUUAGGGGGAAAGCUAUGUUGCAGAGUGAUAGGGAACGCAACAAUUUUUAAAUAGGUCUCCCUCUUUCCCUUGUCAUGGCUACUGGUCCGUCAGGCACAUGCAUGAUAUGGCCUUGUUGACUAAGGAAGUGUCACAGUCUCUGAGAUUCAGAGGGUGGAACCAAGAAGGCCCCUUGCCCCUUCCACCCUUGGCCUUUGGCCGUUGAUACAGAGACCAGUGCCUGUUCCGGCUACAUUCCCAGUGACGAUGAUUGCUUGCACUAUGUGCAUAUUCUGCACCAGCUGCUGGUUUUUGACUGACUGCUGUCUUGGUAGCUCAGGUAUGCUAAGAGUUUUGGUUAAUUUUCUAAUUCCAAUAUCAGUUUUGUGAUGCAAAAGCCAUUUUUAUUUGCAUUAUGAUCAAGUGCAUUAACAUUUUUCUUUAGGAAUGUAAGUGAUAUUGUAAUUAUAUUCUAAGUGAUAUAAAAUACAAAAGACAUUGAAAAUUACUAUUUUUGCUCACCUUUUUUUGUCUUUAAAUGAUCUACAUGAUUUAAAUGGUUCUUGGAUGCUUUGUCCUUUUGCAUUCUAGUCUUUGGUUGGCUCUUUUGGUUAUGGUUCUUCUUUCCAUUAAUUGCUAAGAACUAGGGUUUCACUUAUGUACAUGAUACUUUGCUUAACUUUUCUUUCUUUUUUGUUUUACCUCUUUCCUAUUUGGAGUUUAAUAACUGGCAUUCUAACUUCUUUUUGACUUUGAAUCCUUCUUUCUUGAACUUCUCUUUUACCCUUUUAUCUUCUCAUGUAAGUAGUAAUAAAUAUUCCCAGUGUGUUAUAUUUCGUGUUUAGUGUCCAAGUGGCAGGUCAUGCAACUGAUUGUCACACCAGAGAUCAAACUAGUACAGUGCUUUUCUUUGUAUAUGAAAGGAAGCACUGUGAAACACAUUUAAGAGAAAAGUAAUGAGUUUGUAUGUGAUUAUUUCCUUUUAAAUUGACCCUGAAUUUUUAUGUGGACCAUUACAAAUAAACCAAGUACACAGUUACACCUUGAAGACUGUGUAUCAACAAGUUUUUUGUUUUGUGUUCCUAUAAGUAUGUAUUUGGUUUUAGAGUCAUUUUAGUAGUAGCCUAAAAAUUGUUUUUUGUUACUUAUAUAAACAAAGAGAAUGUUGACCAGACAGGGAAGUGUUGAUAGAAAUUUCUUUACUAGUUUUCUGUUAAAAUUAUAUAAGGCCCAGUGUUCACAGUUGUACAUUGUAUUUUUAAUUUUUAGGGUGUAAAAGACUUGUCAUUUUGAGUGUAUAUAUACAUUUUUGUAAAAGCUACAUUAAAAUAAAUUAUAAUUGUGAGAUUCUUUUAAAUAAGAAAACAUUACAGUUUAUCCAUAGGGAUUUUUUAGAUAAGCUUGAUCCUUCAGAACAGAAUUUUAAUAAUUUAUGCUAAAGAUACCUGCUUUUAUGUUCCUGUAAACAAAUUAAAAAAAAAAAAAGAAACUACCUGGUUGUAAAGAAUUUCUUCUAAGAUGUUUGUCACUUAGAAUUCUUGCUUUCCAAAAGGUAGAAUUUUAUAUAUGUUUACCUUGGAGGACUUAACAUACGAUGUUCAUGGGGACCAUUUUAAACAGCAAAAUUGCUAACUAAAAUCACAAUGUGAAAAAUGUGACACUAAAUGGAUCAUGAAAAGGGUACUUGUUUAUGGUGUGAGAGCUAGAACAAGAAGGCAGAGUAUCUCACCUUUUUGACCUAAGCUGGGACUGUGCAUGUGGGGGUUCAAAUUUUUUGCUUCUCUCCACUUGUCUGGGCGUGAUUGCAAAAGUGCCACACAUAGUGAUUUUGGGGUUACUAAUAAAUUUUAGUGAACAGGUGAAUUUGCAGAUAUGGAAACUGUGAGUAAUAAGGAUAGAUUGUACAUUUUUUGACCCACUAUUCUCCAUCCUUGUUGCUACUUUUCCUUUUAAAGACCAUUAGUUUGGGGCAGAAUUAUGGAAACAUUUGUUUUCUUUACUUCUUGGUUUAUUUUGCCCAAAACACUUUACAUGUUACAGCCAGAGUAACUUUUCCAAAUUUAGCUCUAAUUUUCUGUCCUCUGUAUAAACGUUUUAAAUUAUUUUAUAAGACCUUUUAGGAACCGGGUUCUGUUCAUGUGUGCCCCUCCCCCCAACCUGCCCAAGAACAAACCCACCUGAAUUCUUUCUGGUUCUAUAUAGUGCUUUGCCCCUGCCACCAUCCCCACUUCCCCCCCAGCUGAUCAUCCUUCAGGUUGUAGUUUAUAUAUCACUUUACUCCCAAUCCUGGGGUAGGGGAACCUUCAUACACAUUCUAGUUCACUGUAUUCCUUUUACUAGCAUUCCAUGUAAAAUUUAAUCUCUUUCUCCAAUACAUGUAGUCCUUUCCCCUUGUCACCCUGCUUUAUUGUUCCUCACAGCACUUACAUCAUCUGACAUUGUGUGUGUGUACUCAGUUAUUGUUUUUAUUACCUGUCUCCCUACUGAUCCCCAUGUCCCCCAUGAAAUUGCUAUGGGUGCAGGGAUUUUAUGUGUUCACUGCUGUUUCCUCAGCUUAGAAUAUGUCUGGCUCAUAAGUGUAGGAAAGGGUUUAAAGUAGAAAGCAAGUUUCACUCUUAAUACAGUCCCACAUUCUUGUUCCCUACAGGAAGCUGUAAAUAAAUCUGUAAACAAAUCGCUUCUUUUGUAUUAUUCUUCUAGAAACUUUACUUGUAUACCACAUAUGUGAACCUACAUAUAUAUCUUUAGACAAAUGGGAAGAUACAUAACACUUCUCUGUCUGUGUCAUUUACCAAAGCAUUUUGCAGAUUUUUCCUUACAAUUUAUGUAGAGAUCAAUCUCAUUUUUUUGAAAGCUGUAUAGAAUUCCAUUAUAGGGUUGUACAUUAAACAACCCUUGUCGAUACUCAUUUUUAAGUGUUUUCAGUUGCUAUUGCUAAUGACUCCGAAAUGAACAUUGUAUAUUUUUAGAAAGUGGAUUUCUAAGCACAAAAAUAUAUACUUCAAAUUUUUGAUAGAUACUACCUAAUUAUCUUUAGCAGAGGUUGUACUGAUUUCCUUCUCACAAGUUUGUCAGUGUUUCUCUUGAGCUUCUGACAGAUAUGGUUAUUACUCUUUUUGGUAUUACACCAACCUGAUAAUUAGAAAAUAUUUUUCCAUUUAUUUAUAUGUCUUCAAUAGAGUGAAGGUAACUGCUUUAUUGUAUAUUUAAGUCUAUUUGUAUUUCUUUUUCUUGGAACUGUCUUAAUUUGUUCAUUUUUCUGCUUGUUCUCUUUCAUAAUGACGUGUGUGUACACAUGCAUACAUACACAUGUAUUUAAAUGGUAAAGAAAUCAGUCCUUUGUUAUAUGCAUGGAAAAUACUUUUUCUGAUUCCCAGCUUGUUUUUAUGAGACAGAAUUUUAAUUGUAGUACAUUCAAAUGCAUUGAUCUUUCUCCUAAAGGUUUUUGUUUGAAAGUUCUGUUCCACUACAAGAUAAUUUUUUAAAACAUUAUUCAUUGUUUCUAAUAUAUUUGACAUUUGACAGAUUCUUCUUCUUCUUUUUUUUCUUCUUCUUCUUUUUUUUUAAACACCUUUGAAUCUUUGAUCCAGCUGCCAUUAGGGGGUAACAAGGAAUCCAGUUUCUUCACCAGCAUCUUUUGUCUUUCCAACAGCUGGUUUUGUAACGGUACCUUUUGUUGAAUUACAUAUCCCUUUUCUGUCUUAACCUUAUUUGAACUGUCAUCUUUGACAUGCACUAAGUUCUUCUGUUUUGGGACUCUACUGUUCCAUUUCUUUGUCUUGUUUUGUGCCAGUACCAGAUUUUUAAUUACUGUAGCAAUUACACAAUUUUGAUUAUGUUUUGUAGGCUAUCUUGUUUCUUCUUUCCUUUUUCAUGGUUUCCGUGAGUUAUCUCACUUGGAAACAGCUUGUCCAAUUUUCUGAAAAAAAUCCAGUUGUAAUUGUUAUUAAGAUAUUAAAUGUCAUCAGAAGCUUUGUGGAGAAAAUACACUGUCUUUAUAGGUGGCAAAAGGCUUUUGACAUUACAUUAUUAAAAGUUAAACUUUAGUUAAUAGAUUUUCUUGUAGACUUGUAAUAUUGGUACAAUCCUAGUUGGUCAUGCUAGGUUGUACUUUUAAUGUGAUGGAUUUUAUUUGCUAAUAUUUUAUUCAGAAUUAUUCCAUCUAUUCAUAAAUUUAAUUUGCAGUUGUAUGUAUGUGUUUGGGUUUUGGUUUCUCUUUGUGAUGGUUUUAUAGAGAACUUAGAGUUUUUCUUUAUCCUUAACUGAUUUAAAGAGCAUUGAAAUUAUUCCUUUCAUCAAAGGAUUUAUAUUCCUCAGUGUUCUAGGGUCAAUUUGAAUGUUUUGUUUUUCUUAGAAAAUCAUCUUCAUCCAGGUUGACAGAUGUAUUUGUUUAGCAUUAUAGCAAACAUUGUCUUAUUUUUUUAGAUUCUUAUAUGCAGUUACAUCUCUAUUCUGCCAUUUUAAUUGUUUUUGGUAGUUUAAUAAAACUACUAUUUAAGUAAUCUCUACACCCCACAUGGGGCUCAAACUUAGGUCCCCGAGAUCAAGAAUUG